GAAACAUACAUCCACGUGAAGAAAUCGUUGAUGAACGUUAACAAGUGUGUGUGAGAUAAGCUCGGUAUUCUUUCCACGUCGUUGUGUUUUCCUUCAUAGAGAAUAUUUGAAUUGAGGAUGUCACAGCUACCUCUUCCAAAUUUUGGAAACUUUCGGCCAGCUUUUAACACUGGUGGAAAUCCAGGGUGGCCGAUGCAAACUGCACCGUCGAUUUUUGGAAGACCACAUAGUUCUUCGAUGAGUUUUUCACCCUUACUGUCUGUUCACUCUUUUCCUGGCUACCCUGGGUGUCACAUCACGCCUGGAAUACGGCCGAACAUACCGUUAUUACGACCUCCCUCUAGCCACGUGGUUUCCCAGGAAAGGAACCCAUCGUUCCAACAACCACAGGCUACCAAUGUCCAGGUAAUUUGCGUCGUUAGACAAUCGUUACAAGAUUCUUAGCUCUGACUUGUUGAUUUUGUGAGAAUGAGAACGACUUUUGAUUUGUGGUAUGAAGGAUAAUGGCUGCUAUAUAUAUAUAUAUAUAUACAUAUAUAUACAUGUGUGAUAUAUACAUUGCAAGUUAGCUAUCAAGAAUAUUACAACAUUCAGAUAAUUAUGACCAAUAAUAUCUAUAGUUAUUUGCACAGGUAAAGAAACCUUUAAAGGACCUCUUUUUCUACGUUCCUUGUGUCUUAUUCCUUACAAGCAGGAAUUAACGCGAACAUCAUUUAUGGGAAAAUUGAAUACUCAGUGAAAGCCUCCAGUGACUUUUUGUCCAACAUCAACUUUUCCUGUGUUUUUCAAGUGAAUAAAAGACAAUUUGGAAGGGAAACACUGCAGUCUAUCAGAUGACAGUUUGAGACUUUUUCCAUUCCCUCCCAUCAUUUUUCACAACUCAACUCUGUUGGUGCAAAUCAUGACUGAGAAAAAAUUUAAUGAAAUUUUUCCAAGUGGUGGAUCAGUGCAAUAAGUGUUUCCCUCAGGUCAUAUACAUCACUUAGUUUGUGCUUGUUUUUUAGGAAAAAUAAUGAAAAACUUAAUCUCUGAUUUUGCUAAAGAUUACUGUCAUUUACACUUGUGUUUUAAGAAAUAAGUCUGCCUAUAUUUUUGUAAAAUGUGGUUAUAGUUAAUGAUGCCCUACUCUUUGUUUCAUGAAGGGAUCAGCAAGCAAAACAACAGAAGAUAGGGAAAAUGUCUCUUUGAGGAAAGAAUUCAGUUGUGAUGCUUGUCAGAAAGAUUUUUCAAGUAAAGAGACUCUGACUGCACAUUUGGGAUCCCACAUUCAGGUAUGAUAUUUGAAGGUUGCUGAGGUUUAUUACUGUAAUUAAUUUGUUUGUUUGCAAUAUUAAAACAGGUUGGCCUAGUUCAGUAUCAGAGUGCAGAGAAGAUAUGAGCGAUAGAGCUUAUAGUUUAUUAUCUUAAUUUGAGAACACUUUACUGUCUAGCAACCAUUUGCAAAUGUCAUUGGAAUGUUUUUCUCGAAUUUAUGUGGCUAGCUUGAGGGAUAUUGGGGAAUGGAGUCAUAAAAUUAAGAGUUAAGAUCUGCAAAGAAGUUUAAUUAACUUAAAAUGUGUUAAAAAUCAGUCUUUUUUUAAAUCAUAGGCUUAGUCUCUGAUAAAUAAAAUUAUCCUUACAUAAUUUUUUCCAACCAUUGAUCUUUCUGCUCAUGAUAACAAUGAAUUAAAAUAUUAUUGAUUUUGAUUUAUUUAUUAAUAUUUUUCAUGCUUUCUUUUUUAAACAGUGUAGUUAUGAAGGGUGCACAUUCAAGGCUGGAAGGAAAGUUGUAAAACUUCAUUGGAUACAGGUCAUUUGUUGCCCAUAUUUUAUUUAUUUAUUUUUUUAACUUCUUUAUUGUUUGUUGUAAUCAAACUUAAAAAGUAUCAUUAAUACAACAUAUAAAAGUAUGAGCAGCCCCUUUUUUUUUUUUUCAAAACAAAGGCAAAAUUGAUGUUAGCAUGCUGCAGGGUGCUCUUUGAGUGUGAGUGAGGAGCUCCAAAACAAAUCAAGUGAAAACAAAUUUGAUGUUAAAGCUCAAGAGAAACUUUGAGCUUAGAAGAACAGGUUACAUCCAAGGGCAAAUCUACAAACAUAUUAACUCUCCUAAUGGAGGCUAUUGUCCUCAUUAUCCUUGGACAUUCACCAGUUUUAACUGGGGAACAUUUGGUUGUCUGAUGCAUUUAGUAGAGAAGGUAACCAUUCCACUCCAAGGAGUGUUCAGUAACUAAUUUCUCCCUUCUUUAUGAUAAUAUUGUCAAGCAGACAGGUGAUGAGAGUAAAGAGGGUAUAUUGUUGGGAUAAAUACCAGAUUCACUAGGCUUACAUUGAGAGAAAUAUUUUGCUGGAAUUAAGAAGAUUUUAUUGUAAAAUCUUGGGGAGAAAAAGGAUGGACAAAUCAAAAAAAAAAAAAAAAAAAAAACUAACAAAUGAAUAUCAAUUGACAAUAAUUUAUUUUUAGAAUCAUGAAACUGGCAGAAUGAGGAUUAAGUUGGAUACCCCAGAGGAAAUAGCAAAGUGGAGAGAAGAAAGAAAAAGGUGUUUGUGAUAGCAUUUUUCAUUUAACCAGUUUGAAAAAAAAUUCUUUAAAAGUAAUCUAGGAUUCCAACUUAGUCAGAGCCUUUAGUAAGGCUCAAGCAAAGAAAUUGGACAGGACCUUUUUUUUUUGGUUCAUGAUUUUUAAGAUUUUUUUCAAAAUAAUCUUUCUAAGUCUAAAUUAGUCUUUGAGGAUCUUAAAGACAAAAUGUUAUUAAUGGAUUUUUAGGAAAUGCUUUGAGAUUGGCUUGAGGAUAUAUCAAUUAGAAUGUUGUGGCUAUUCUGAAUUAAAGACAUACUGCAAAGUCUGUUUUAGUCACCUUAAAUGUUGAUUGAGAGUUUUUGUGGUCAAUAUUUAUAAUGAAUGAUCACUUCUGAGGAUAUUAAUUUUUUUUUUUUGGCAUUAUUUCACCAAAAGUAAUUUGUUGAUUUUAUUUUUCUUGUUCAUCUGAUAUAGGAAGUAUCCCACUCUCGCGAAUAUGCAGAAGAAACUGGAAGAAGAUGCGAAGAGGAAAGCAUCAGGGCAAGUUUUGAAAACCAAGAAUUUUAGGUAAAUGUGAGUUUGAAUGUAUGUGACCCAGAGCCCCACUGCACUUGCAAUAUAUAGAUUUAGCCAAGCCUAAAAGCAGAGCUCACAUUUUUUUUUUCCCGCACAUCUCAAGGGCACAAUGCCUUGCCUCGGCCAGGACUAGAACCCGGGUCGUCCAACUCGGAGCCCAGUGCACUGACCACUGGACUACUGAACAAAGCCGUGAAGUUGGUGUGCCCAUGGUACAAUUGACCAGGCAUGUUAAAAGUAGCACUUUGUACGGUCGUACGAUCGUACAUCCAAAUUUUUUCAGCUUGAUGGGUUACUACUAUUUUUGUAUAAUUAUGGGGUUACGCAAACUCCGCUAUUAUGUAUUGGUAUGAAAAUUCUGAGCGUGACUCUACAAUUUUCAAAAUUUAAAGAUACCGCAGAGGCCAGGGUAGAGGAAGAUCAUUUCAGCGAGGUGGUCAGAACCAUUUUAACAACAGACAUCAUCCAAAGAGAUUUCCAAAGGAACUGAAUGGAUUAGAUCACACAGCUGGUGACCAAGCAAAACAACAAUUCAGAGAUGUGAACCAGGAGAAGGUAGCACAACCUUCUAAUAGAUUACACAAUGUUGAAGAUCCACUUUCAUUGGUUCUUGAUGACUGCUUUGAAAAUGAGCCAGGUAAGUUGUAGUGACAGAUACAUAUCUCAACCAAUUCUUGCUAAAAGAGAGCAAGAUAUAGUAUAUGGGGUGAUACGAUUAGUUGUAGACUAAAUAAGACCUUCUUUGCCCACCUGGGACUGCCUACUUAUUUACCGCAGAACUAACACCCCUUCUUUCCCUAUUUCCCCCAAAUUCUUACAGACUCUGACUUCACUCGGUUGAUAAGAAUGCAAAACAAUUGUAUUGCUUAACCCAUUUUUACAUUCAAAGUCAAUGAAAUGUACUUUUUUCACACAGGAAAUCAAAUGCGGAAGAGUUUAUCUCAAGAAAGAUUGUUGAAGGAAACGUCAGAUAACUCUGACCCUGCACUUUGUAGUGGACCAUCUGGGAUUUCAGCCCUAAGUUCACUCUGCACAGCAUAUGCCAGUGACUCAGAAGAUGACAAACCAUCAGGUACCAAUUUAGAGUUCAGUGUACCACUGUUAACCCUUUUGCUCCCAAGAGUCAUUCUUGUCUGCCAUACAAUUCUUAUUAAUUAAUGUUGGUUUGGAAAAUUUGGUACAAGAGCCACUAAUAAUUCCCUAAUUGUUAGUUUUUUUCUAUUCUCAUCACUUGUCUGCUUGAUAUUGUGUGAAUGUCUGAAUGAGAAAUUCCUUCUGGGUCACUCAUGGGAGUUAAAAGGCCAAGAGCAACAAUGCAAAUUUGGGCUGUCAAAUCAGAAUUUCUACAGUCAAUUUGUGAUUCAUUGUUUACUGGUAAUUAUCCUUUUGGUCCCGAAGAGACUAUUUUGAUCAGCUGUUCAGUGAUCUCUUAAAAAAUGGAAUUCCGUUGGUAAUUUAUAGUAUGGCUGGGGUUGUUAGUUUGUGUUAUAUAUAUAUAUAUAUAUAUAUAUAUAUAUAUAUGACUGACUAUAAAUUGAUUGCACAACCAAAACUUGGUCAAAAGAAUGAGUUUCAGUUCCUGGCCAUGCACAACAGCUAUGAUGAACAGUGCAGUUAAUUUAUCAUUUGAUGCUAGGCUUGAAGGUGGGAAGCUCCUCCUAUCAAGACAUUCAAAAGACCAUUAACAUCUUCUAUCAAACUCUGAAAUUGGUCAGCUUUGCAAUCAGCUAACUAAAAAACCUUUUUUAUUUAAGUCUGUUAAGAAAUUAGUAAUUUUGUAUAUGUACUCAAUCAAUUCAUUCAUCAGAAAUCAUUGACAUUCAAGAUAAUUUUUUCCAGAGGAAAUAAACAACAACAUAAACACUGCUAGCCUUCCACAAGCAACAAAAACAGAAGAGGGAGCUGCUGUUAAAUGUACAUCUGCUGAUACAAAUGUGAAAAAAGAACAACGUAAAGCAACCAAAAGACGUCACAGAAAAUCAAGAAAAACGUUCUCAAAGGUAAGUAUUUUAAUUACAGACAUUAUAUCUCCUGUUCUUUUUCUGUAAUCUUGCUGUGGCUUUGAUGGACAAGGUGGACAGGGAAUGGGGACAUUGCAUAAAUAUUUCCAGGUUAAUAAACAUAUUAGCCUCCAUUUUAGACAAUAAUAUGCUUUUAUGUAACCAUUGACAACUGUCCGAGCAUACUUUUGCACAAAUUAUUAUAUGCAGGGAGUAUGACUUAAACCAUGGUAUUUACACAAUCCAUGGGCCUCAGGCUUUCUCUAAAAAAAAAGGUUGAUUUAAUUAAAUAAAUGUCCUGCCACUGUUAGCUUUCGGCCCUCUUAACACUGUUUGCAAAAAUAUAUGUUCAGAUAAAAGAUUUAGCUUAAUAGAGGAUACAAUCUUGUCAAAUAACAGCUAAACUUUGUUUAAAUAACCUGCCCACAUUGUCUUAGAGUUCAUUUCUGUGUUUAAAUUGUUCAUCCAGGGAAACUCCAACUGUGUAGGAGUAAGGAAGUCAACUUUACUUGAAAAGGUGAGAUUAAAACAAGAUCUGAAAAGAGUAUGUGCUGUUUAUAGAUUCAUAUUGUUGCCAAGUGUUUUAUGAUCAAAUCGGAAGUUAUUAAAACAAAUUUCUUUUUUUUCCCCACAGCUGUUGGCACCAGAUAUUAGACAUGAAAGAAAUGUAAUUCUACAAUGUUUGCGAUACAUUGUAAAAAAACAUUUUUUUGGAGUAGGAGAUACAAGUGUUUCAGAUGAUGUUGUCAAUAAAUGAAAUUGUGAUGAGUGUAAAAAUAAAUUAUAAUUGAAAACAUACUGGUACAUGUACAUACUUUUAUGGACUGUGUUUUUUUGUGAGAUUGAAGAAACAUCAUUGAUAAUUAACUUAAUCAGGUGAUAUGGCAUUAACUUAACAUCCUAGGUAAAAACAACAACAGCUGUUGGCACCAGAUGUUUGACAUGAAAGAAACGUAAUCCUACAGUGUUUGCAAUACAUUGUGAAAGAACAUUUUUUUUUAAGGAAGGAG